AUGGAUAACAUUGGGUUAUGUAGACUUUCAAAACCAUUAUCAAGAUCAAGAAUACUGAAUUUGUGGAAUACCUACAAUAGCAACAUACCCUUCCCACCUACCAUGGAAAACACUCAAGGAAGGGAAAGCAAUCCAAUCAUCAGAGACAAAGAAGAAGAAGAUUGCAAUGACAAUCCACUAGCAUUGCCUCCCAAAGAGAAGGGAUGGACAGGUCUGGAUCUCUAUCUCUACCAAGGCUUUUGGUGCUCCUCAAUGCAUAUUCAAGGCGUAAUGUCUUUCCAAGAACACUUCAAAGCUCAGGACACCGACCUCAUACUCGCCACCAAGCCCAAAUUAGGCACCACUUGGUUGAAGCCCUUGACAUUCGCUAUCGCCAACUGUCAUCGCUACACCAACACGCUUUCCCAACACCCCCUUCUCACUUCCAACCCUCACGAGCUCAUCCCCAUUCACGAGAUCAAUCUCUCCGCUAAUAAACACAGCCAUCAAGGCGAUUGUAUUCCAAACCUCUCCAACUUUCAAUCUAGCAUUUUCUCCACCCAUAUGCCAUACCAUUCAUUACUUGACUCAAUCAAGACCUCUAAUUUUCGCAUUGUUUAUCUCUGUCGCAAUCCCUACGACUCCAUUGUCUCUGCCUGGCACUUCCUCUCUAAGCCUAGACCAGAGAGAAUUGAACCUCUAUCGUGUAAUGAUGCUUUUGACAUGUAUUGUAGGGGUGUCAUCGGUUUUGGGCCCUUUUGGGAUAAUGUAUUAGGGUACUGGAAGGAGAGCCUGAAGAGGCCUCAAAAGGUGCUGUUUCUGAUGUACGAGGACUUGAAAGAAGAUAUUAUUUUUUAG